UCUCGUACUCCUCGUUGGCCUCGCAGAAUCGUAAACAAACGGGUGAUCGCUUUUCCAGGAAGGCCAAAACACUAAAGACAAUCUCCACAAGCAACCGAUACAGAUCGAUGAGUGGUUGCGAGAAGAACAUUUGUGGAAAAUAAUCGCCGUGUUAUAACGACCACAUUUGAAUUAAAGCGACGACGUGAGUGGGAGACACUGACAGACCCUGCCAGCUGAACAAUAAGAGUGAUAAGCCAGCUAGCUGCUGGAAGUUGCGUGUUCAGUCUUCAUCGCCCGUCAUCAGGGCCCAGCCUAAUUCAGGAUGGGGUAUGUGUGGACCAGGCUGGGUGUUUUGGGCCUUCUCUUAUGCUGCACUCUGGCACCCAUUCCUGGACAGGCAUAUAUAUAUGCUCAUUACAGUAACAUGACAUCUAUGCUGUUUGAAGAUCUGCCUGCUCUCUUUGGCUCUCCUCUGCCAAAAGAUGGACUAACGGGUGUGCUGGUUGAAGCUCGUCCUCAGAACGCCUGCAUGACUAUAGAUCCCCCUCCUGUUUCUCCCACCCCCUCCGAUCCCAACAGCACGACAAAAUAUAUCGUCCUCAUUCGACGCUAUGACUGUAACUUUGAAAUCAAGGUGCUGCAUGCACAGCAGGCUGGUUUCAGUGCAGCCAUAGUGCACAACAUGUACUCCAAUUCACUUCUCAGUAUGGGCUACAGCAAUGACUCGAUUGCUGAGGAGAUCAAGAUUCCCUCUGUGUUUACAAGCUACUAUGCCUCUCAAAUACUACGCAACUUUAUCAUACCUGAGAAAGGGGCUUAUGUGAUUCUGAAGCCAGAGUUCUCCUUCCCUCUCUUUUAUUAUCUUAUCCCCUUCACUGGUGUGGUGGGCAUUAUCAUCAUUGUCAUGGUUGUCAUACUGAUUGUGCGGUGUGUGCAGCACAGGAAGCGGCUCCGGAAAAACCGACUCUCCAAAGAACAGCUUAAGAAAAUCCCCACUCAUAAGUUUGUUAAAGGUGAUGAGUAUGAUGUGUGUGCAAUUUGCCUGGAUGAAUAUGAAGAGGGAGAUAAGCUAAGAGUGCUGCCAUGUUCACACGCCUAUCACUGCAGGUGUGUGGACCCCUGGCUCACACAGACUAAGAAAACCUGCCCUGUGUGCAAGCAGCGCGUGACCCGUUCCAACCCAGAGUACUCGGAGUCUUCAGAUUCUGAUGAAGAGGCGGGGCCACACAGGGCUGAUGAGGAAGAGGAAGGAGCAACCAGUGAGGCAGAUUCUGAGCGCACCCCUCUGCUCCGCUCCUCUAACCCUGCAUCUCCUUCCUCGUCCAGCCCGCCUCCCAGUUACGACUCAACGGUAAAGUCAGCAACAGCCGGCGCCAUGGUAACGAUCUCCGCGCAGUGCUUGCCGCACACACCGCAGCACGACUUGCCUGUCCUGGGUUGUGAUGAAUACUACUCACCUAUAGAGGACUCUGAUGAAGGUAUCGAGGAUGAGGAGGAGGUUCACCCCUCAAGUAAUGAUACCACAGAGCUUAUUGGACGUGGCGCCGUAGGAGUCUAAGAGUUUUUAGAGAGACGUUGAUUAAAUACAACCCUUUAUCUCGUCAAUUUGGUAGUCAUUGGGUUGUGUUUUCUCACAUAAAAGUUGCAAGUUGUGUCACAGAGACUGGAGUUGAAUCAAAGAAAUGUACACCCAGUUUUUGAGACACAUUUUUAGACACAGCUGCAGUCUGACAGAGAUACACACCCAUGCCACUUUUAGAUAGCUUGUGCAAUCAAAAUAUGUGCAACAUGUUUAUAGUUUCUGACACGAAUACAUGGUAAAAACGUUUCUGAUUGGUGUGGUUCACAAAACUUUUUGUUUUUGUCUAGUUUUUCCAAAUUUGGGCCCGUGUCCAAAUAAGGUUUAAAGGUAACAUGAAAGCUGUUUGUAGUUAAUUAAACAUUUUUAAAGGAAUAUUGCACCCAAACAUAAACAUUCUGUCAUGAUUUUAAUGACUGAUUUUUUGUUUUCUGUGGAACACAAAAGGAGACAUUUUGAAGAAUGUUUAUGCUGCUCUUUUUGAAUAAGUGAAAGCAUAUAGUGACAUGGGGUUGUCAAGCUUCAAAACGUUCAAAACACACCAUAAAAGAAGACUGUAUGACUCAUGCGCUAUAUGAAGCCAUACGAUAGUGUUGUGUUAGAAAGUUUGAAAAUGCUCAUGUUCAAAUGAGAUUUGAGAGCUAAGAGGGGAAGGUCUUCAAUGAAUAACGACAAAAAUUUCAGUCUGUCCCUUAAAAAUGUCGUAUGACUUCAGAAAACUUUGAAUAUAGUGCACGAUUCAUAUGGAUUAUUUUUAUGGCGGUUUGUACUUUUUGUGUCUUGACAACCCUUGGUUACUGUAUGCUUUCAUUGUACAGAAGUUAUGAAGGUAUGUAAUAAGUAAAUAACUUUUAUUUUUGGACGAAGUGUUCCUUUUAGUUGGUGGUUAAUGCCCGUUUACCAUUUAUGUGCAAUACAGACUGGUUGCCAGGUUGUAAAUCCAAAAUAUUAUUUAUUUUACCCACAGAUGUAACAAAAGAUAACUGCAGGCUUCUGAAUUACAAUAUUUGAUGACCAACUUCUUUUAACCUUGUUUUUUUUAUUUAGCAGCCCAUGCAUAAUCAAAGGAUCCGCUCGUUUAAGUGAUAAAAUAAUUCAGAUUUAGAGCCUGAUUAUUUAUCAAUUAUUUUGUUGGUUGUUGCAAAAAAACAAAAUUGUAAAAUCCUUUUGUAGAUUGAAAACGUGUCUUUUUUUUUUUUUUUUUUUGUGGUUCACUUAAAGUUAACAAAUGCAUAAAAUAUAUUUCUGAACAAUUCCCUCCAAGAUGUAUGGCUAAAUGGACGAACAGGCUCACUCUCUAAAGACAUUUACCAUUUAAAUGUGAGCCGCUUUUUCAAAUUGCAAUUUGCUUUGUUCGUGGCAGACAGUGUAUUGACUUCAUGGCAAUAUUUAUACUCCGAUUCAACCUUUUACUGACCUGUUAGAUUACACCUUUCACCUCUAAGUAAAAACCUGUUUUGUAUGAUCUGAAUGAACCUUUGCCUACUUUAGACUCUCAUUUGUAGAUUUCAUAAACACCUUCCAUUUCGUCAUCUUAAUUAUUGUUCAGUCAAAGUAAUAUUCACAUUCAUAUCUGGUGUUUUAGUUUUAUCUUUGUGAUUGAUGUAAUUUUAAUUUUAGUUCAAGGUUCAAACUCUUUGAUAUCACUGACAUUUAUUUCUAGAGUUGUAGAUAUAUUCGCCUCAUUUGUUCCUGUCAAUCUGUAAAUUAUAAAUAUAAAUAACACUAUAAAGAAUCAUAGGGUUUGCAUCUGUGUUAUCCCAUGUCACAGGAAUGGGACCAAUACCUUUUAACAAACUAUUUUUUUCUACCCAGUAUAGCAUUUUGGAUCAGUGUCUGUGUAAUUAUUGAGUGCUGCUUACUAAUUGACUUUUAAUGAUUGAUUGAUCGAUCGAUCGAUCAAUCUGCAUUUUGUGCCAUAAAGACAAUUGUACCUGUUUACUGAGUCAAGUCUUAUCUUGGUAUUGUGAGCUUCAUUGACAUGUAACAUUUGAAGAUCUGAUUCAUUUAAAGCUCUUGAUUCUUGAUAGUAAGGAACACUGUCUGCGAUUGGCAAUACUAAAUCUGAAAUUAAAGCAAAAUAAAAGUACCAACUCUGUUUUUCAAAAAACAUACAUAAAAGGCAGCAAAGGCUAUGUUGAUGUGUCCAUAUGCUGCUAAAAUAAAUGAAUUUAAGGAUAACCUAUUGACUUGUUUUUAAUGUGGAAUUGUUUCCUUUAUGGAUAAUGGGAUUUCUGCUGAAAAUGUAGUUUGCUGAUCUCUGCUGGCAACUAGGCUAGUUUUCACUGGUCUGGUUUCAUGGUUCUAGAGGGGUUUAACACACUUGUCCGCUGGUUGACUAGUUAAACACUUGCUUGGCCAGGCUGUAAUGCUACCUAAACCAGCUGAAAACCAUUUUGGCCAAGCUGGAGAACCAGCAAAGACCAGAAAACCCCUUUAGGCUGGAUUAAGAUGGUCUUUGAAGCAGGGAAGGAGAUCUCAUGUGGAUAAUGACAUGCUUUUCUGUUUUACAGAUAAAACUUAUUAAGUUUCUCACUUUCAUAGCAUUCAAUACACUGACUGUAGAGCAUGUUUGUAGAAUCUUAGAGGUGAGCACAAAUAUCUGUAUGCAGUCUCUGAAUGAAUGAAAAUAAUUAAUGCGCUUUUUGUUGUACAGAUUCUGGUAAAUAAAGAACUGGGU